AUGGCGCCCAUCUUCAAGCUUCUUGCUCUUCUCAACCUCUCACUUUACGCCGCAGCCCAAGGCACCCAAUUCAUCACGGGCGAAUGUGCAUCAGACGCUGCAUGCGCAUCAGGCUGCUGUGGCUUCACAUCGGGAAAGUGUGCGGCACCAUUCGUAGCGAAUGAACGGGGUGAGGGAUGUGGCUUUGGCGACGCACAACCAAACAACAAUGCUUUGAACGGCGCAAGUGGAAAUGCCAGCGCCGAUGCUCAACCAGAUGUUGCCGCUCCCGCUGCUCCUGCUACUCCCCCUGCCGGUAGUGGCACUGGAGCCGGGGCCGGGGUCGGAGCUGCAGCUGGAGCUGGCACGCAGUUCAUUACUGGGGCUUGUACAUCGGACGCUGACUGCGCUUCGGCUUGCUGUGGGUUCAAGAGUGGGAAAUGUGCCGGUCCCGUCGUUGCACAGGAAAGAGAUGGAGGGUGUGGGUUUGGGGAUGCGCAGCCUAAUGAUAACGCAGCGAAGGCGCUGCAAGGAAGAAGAUUGGGAAGGAGAGGUGCUGCGUACAUGUGA